GUUGUCAGGCCGUUGUCUCGUGACGCUACAGAGGGGCGGGUUUGGUUAUCAACAACAUAGUCUGUCUGUGGAGCUAACGUUACCGAGGAACAGAGCUCAAGUGUUGUUUUGAAUUGACGAUAAGACACCGACUGAAAGGGGGCUAGGGCCUGUGGAUAAGAUGGCGGAUGUAGGAGACGAUGAAACUCGGUCGACUCUCCCUUCGGCAUCCCGUAACGGUCCGGUUGUCGGUUCGUCUGCGGGCACCGCGGGCCAGAACGCAGCUAGCAUAAUGGUAACGUCAGGUCCGCGGACGGUGAGAAUCGUCAAGUCGGAGUCUGGCUACGGUUUCAACGUUCGCGGUCAAGUUAGCGAAGGAGGACAGCUUCGGAGCAUCAACGGGGAACUGUACGCUCCUCUUCAGCAUGUCAGCGCUGUUUUGCCCGGAGGUGCGGCAGACCGAGCUGGGAUAGCAAAGGGUGACAGGAUCCUGGAGGUUAAUGGGGUGAGUGUGGAAGGUGCCACCCAUAAGCAGGUGGUGGACCUGAUUCGUGCAGGGGAGAAGGAGCUGGUUCUGGCUGUGCUGUCUGUUCCAGCUCAGGAGGCUGAUGGAUUGGAAGGAGGAGAAGAUGUCCAACCCAACUAUGACUACAGUGACAAACAAGCAGUGCCCAUUUCCAUUCCCACAUACAAACAUGUAGAGCAGCACUCCGAGAGGUUUGUGGUGUACAACGUGUACAUGUCCGGUAGACAACUGUGCUCAAAGCGCUACCGGGAGUUUGCCAUCCUGCACCAGAACCUUAAGAGGGAGUUUUCCAACUUCAACUUCCCAAAGCUUCCUGGUAAAUGGCCCUUCUCCCUGUCUGAACAGCAGCUGGAUGCUCGCCGUAGAGGACUGGAGGAAUAUCUUGAGCGAGUUUGCUCUGUGCGGGUGAUUGGGGAAAGUGACAUCAUGCAGGAGUUUCUCUCUGAAUCAGAUGAGAACUACAAUGGAGUGACAGAUGUAGAACUGCGGAUAGCCCUGCCAGACAAGACCACCAUCUCUGUUAGAGUCCGCAAGAACAGCACCACAGACCAGGUGUACCAGGCAUUAGUGAUAAAGGUUGGAAUGGACAGUAUUAUGGCGAGCUACUUUGCCCUUUUUGAAGUCAUCAACCACUCGUUCGUGCGGAAGCUGGCGCCUAAUGAGUUUCCACACAAGCUCUAUGUGCAGAAUUACACCUCGGCAGUGCCGGGGACUUGCUUGGCGCUCCGCAAAUGGUUGUUCAGCUUCCAGGAGGAGGAGUUGCUAAGAGACAACCCGCUGGCACUGCACUACUGCUUUCACCAGGCGUUGGAAGAUGUGAAGAAGGGAUUCAUAAAAACAGAGGACAAAUCCUACCAGCUGCAGAAGCUGGCAGAGCAGCGCAAGAUGGCCACGUACCUGAGUCUGUUGCGGACAUGUGAAGGCUACAAUGAGGUGGCGUUCCCCCACUGCUCCUGUGACUCCAGGAGGAAGGGACAUGUCAUCACAGCUAUCAGCAUCCAUCACUUCAAGCUGCACGCUUGUACCGAGGACGGAACGCUGGAGAACCAGGUGAUAGCUUUUGAGUGGGCGGAGAUGCAGCGCUGGGACACUGAUGAGGAAGGGAUGGCUUUCUGCUUUGAAUACGCCAGAGGAGAGAAGAAACCUCGCUGGGUCAAGAUCUUCACUCCAUAUUUUAACUACAUGCAUGAGUGCUUUGAGCGGGUCUUUUGUGAGCUGAAGUGGAGGAAACAGGUUGAGGAAGAGGCAUCUGACAAAGACAACAAAAACUGCAGUAACAAUGAGUAUCUGCCUCCCCUGGAGACGCAGCAGAAGGGAUGGCGCCACCUAGGGGGGGAGAUUGCAACUUCCUAAAAUAAUUUGUCAUCACUCGAACUAGAACUGGUCCACUUGCAUCAUCACAGCCACCCCACAGAGCGCCUAUCGACAAACACAAGACUGAGUGAAAGACUGGGGCCAUCCAUGCCCCGAAAACAAACUGGAAGUGACCAAUUUGGGAAAUUGGAAUGGCCGCACUUAACCGACCCCAGGAAUACACACAGAAAGAAGAGCAAUGAAGGAAAAUAAACAAAAGCCAACUUCUAUGUCAUUUACUAGAUCUCCAUAGCGUGUCUGUUGUCGUCCUCCAUGCAUCCGCCCUGGUAUGUGGCAGGACACGAGCAAAUUUCUCGCCACUGGUUGAGAUGUAACACAUACGUACGGUGUGUGACUCGUCAGGGUCACCACAGCGCUGUGGCACCAUUUGCAUAAAGGGAGCAACUCGAUGAACCGCCCCUUGAUGAGAGAGCUGACAUGUGGGACAGGAUUGUCCAACUGGAUCGGCUCGGUCCAAAGCCUUGAGGGUAGCCCUCCUUUGCUGGAAUGAGCUGAGAUGGUGGAGAUGAAAAUAAGGGAGGGAUACAGAAAAAACGGGGGUUUCACUUCUUUAACAGUUAGUGAUAAAGAAAGAAGGCUAAAUCAUGCUUUACACCGAUGAUGGACAUUAACACAAAAAUGAUGUUUUCUAUUUGUAAAGUAAGAAGUAUUCUGUCCUUGUCGGAAAACAUAGGCGACACAAAUGUAACUAACUGAAAAAGGAUCUGCGGGGGAUGGUUCAUAAUUAUAUGUUUUAACAAUCUUCUGAUAAAAUAUAGAUUAAUAUAAGAGCUAUAAUAAUUGGUUUCUUGAUCUAACACAACGAAACACUAACUGAAUUGCAUAUAAAUGGCUCUAAAAUUGUAACCUUUUUUUUUUGGUCUAACCCACACUAUUUUAGAACGACGUCUGUUGGCAGUCAUGAUGUCAGUAUGCACAGUUAUCCCGCUCGCAAGUGAUUUAUUGUGGUGAUAUUGUGGUGAUUUUGCAGAGCUUGUAAGUUGAGAGGAAGAGGCGUUCUCAUUCUCAGCUCUAUGCAGGGAUGAUCUCUUGAACAAAAAGUUGAUGGGCCAAGUGUUUUUGAAAUGGCACAGCUUCUGACAGACAGAUUGUGAAUAUAAAGACAGUAUAAAGUUUUGUCCAUUGAGGUGCAGUUUUCUGAACAGGCAACAGAGAGCAGCAGAGUGUAAGACAGAUUUAGUCAUAGGAUUUGAGCAGAAAUAGAUAUCUUCUAAGAGCUUCUUAAAGAGUGAUCCCUCGGGCUCUGUAACUCACCCAAAAGUAUCACUCCUCUGCAGUUUGUCCAUUAACCACGUCAGGAGGACAGAUGGUGUGUGUGUGUGUGUGUGUGUGUGUGUGUGUGUGUGUGUGUUGUGCAGAGAGUAGAUGGUGCAUAAAGUUGUGUGACUGCAACCACAACAAUCUGCACACAUAGCAAUGCAAGCAGUGGUCUGCCUCUUACUGCACCUAAAUUGGGACAGUAUUAGUUGUGCGUAUGUGUAUGCACAUGACAUAUUAUAUGACAGUUUUACAAUGUACACAGAUUUUUUGUGUUUUAGAGCAGCAUUUCAGUUUUUUCACACAAAGAUAACAUAAUGUUUUUUUCUCUGUGUAGAUGUUCAGUUUAAUUUGAACAUUUUGUCUCACUUUCAGUGUGUAGAAAGCAGGUUUACAUGCUGACAAAUUCUUUUGAAUGGAGACGAUGUGCAUAAAUGUAUUGAUUUCUCUUGAAUGCAAUAGUUUUGUUUAUGCCACUAAUGGCAAGUAGUAUAUCUCGGUGAUUCUUUACUGACUCAUUCUUGAGCUUCACUCGCUGUCUGACAGCGGCUAAAAUCCAGAAACUGAGAGUUUUUUAUUCACACUGACUGUAAGAGCAAAAGUUCAAGUUCCACUUCAGUUAUUUUAGAUAUUUUUUCUUACAGUUGAGCUUAGCUUUUGGUUCAAUAAAAUGUUUAAUUCAUGCCUAGGUUUAGUCAUAAUUUGAAUUCAGUCAGAUACCUUGGAGCAUUCUUGUUAAUGUGUGUAUAUGUGCCGUUUGUGUGUGCGUAUGUCCUCUAUGUUUAUCAUUGACAUUGCUGAUAAGCUUUUAGGCUCUUAUUGGACGUGUCUGAUGAGCUGUCGGUGUGAGAGCCAGCAAAUGAGGAUGGGAUUUUGUAUCUGGAUGACAGCAGAGACACCAGACAGAUGGAGACAAAUGGGAGGUGUCUCCUAUUGUCUAGCUAACAUUCACAGCCGCUCACAUGCUUUUUCAGCAUAGAACACACACACCCACACAUUCCUGUCUCUCUGCUUCUCUGUUUAUAGUUUGACAAAAUGGUUAAGUGCAACAUUUCAAAAUAUUUUGUUAUUUGUCACCCAGUUGUUGCCUCUGUGGACAGGCCUCAGUUAUACAACAGCCUAAAGCAAUACAUAUGUGUGUUUUACACACACACACACACACACAACACAGCAGAUAGCUGAAUUGUGAAAGAAACUGCAAUGUGCAGAUUGCUGGAUGGUCAUUUUGACAGCCAGAGUAAUAGCCAAUUUAGAGAUGGAUGACAUAAGAAUUGGAGCUGUUCAACCAUGAUGAUGAUUUUCUUUUCUUUAUAAGAUGUAGAGGGAGAGACAUACAGAGCUGGUGGGACCGUGUGUCGUGGCAUUUCUGUCCUCUGCUCAUACUCUCCAGGUUGGUCUCCCGUCAUCACAGGGGGGUGCGGUUGCCGUGGCAGCACCACGUUGGCUCAACACGCUCAGUGCAGCCUCUGUUCCUUUUAUUCCUGUCAGCCAACUGACUCACUCCUCCCAAUAAUGUAUUCAAAGCAGUGUUUUUUGUGUUUGAUGUUUGUUCUCUGUCCCUGUGGCUCAUGCUGCUGUGAAUAGGCUUUUAGAAAGCUGCUGUUUUUUUUUGUAUAUUUUUGUGUUUCGGUUUGUCUUGUGUGCGCCAGGUGCCAUUUUUCUGCUCAGUCACAGCCAGGUGCACGUACUGUCAGUUGUCCUCCGUUUCUGCCAUCAGUGAGAUAAAUGUCAAUGUAACAGUGUUUGGGUGAAAGCAGCGAGAUAACAGGAAUGUUAAAAAGCACGUCUUUAUAUGGUGGGCCCGUGUUUGUUCGUCAGUGUACGCUGUGCUGUAGGCCACCUGUGUUUGUGUUUGAGAUGCUGGACAGCCUUGGCUUCUAAUUGAAUUGAGUAUUUACAAAAAGAUGAUUGAAUUCCACACAGGACUUAACAGAUAAAAGAAUGUUGGAUGGUGCAGCAAACAUGGUGGCAGUAGAACAGAAGGUUUGUGUUCAUCACAAACGGCACUGAAAAGCUUGUCUGAACGAUGCUGUUGCUAUGGUAACAUCAGUUUUCAGAAUCUCGUGCCAUAUCAGCGCUGAUUUCCAUCACAUUAUUCGGUGGCAGAUAUUCUGUAAGAUGUUUUCUGUUAGUUCGAAAUUCUACGGCAUUUCAGGCAGAGUCCAGUUUUUUCGAAGCGGCAUUUAUGAGGCCGCUCAGUCAGUCUCUUUCCUUUUGACACUGUUCGUUAAGUCAGAGCCGCUACGUUUGUCUCAUCAUUAACGCUUUUGUGUAGACUUGAUGUUUGUCGACCUUUAGAACACACAUCUGGCUCGGAGGGCAUUGGCUGCUGGCUUUCCCAUUUCAGCUGACAGGUCCUACCUAUGAAUAAUAAAGGGUGGAUGUAAGUGCAGUUUUACAAAAUUGCUAGCCUUUUGUGUUAUUAAUUUAUGUUCAUUGUUUUGAAACAUGGCUUUUCCAUGGAAAGUAGGCAGUGACAUUAAUUAAAAGCCUUGUUUGUCUGUGUUCAGCAUAACCUGUAAAUAGUAAUAGAAUAUCUCUUGGACAAAAUGCACUCUUGUUUCUCCAACUCAAAACUUUUAUUUAUUUAAACAGAAAUUAUAACGAUUGGGGAAAUGAUAGUGUACAACUGUAGAGCCACUGUUGAUCAUUAAUUUUGUCUGUUAGGAACGGCUGUAUGGAGGAUUAGCUAACUACACAAUGAAACAAGGUGUUUAAAAUAGGGGAAGCAUCUAAAACAUCAGUUAACACCUGAUGCAGAACUAUGCUUCAAAAUGGAGAGUUUUAUAUCUAAAAAAUAAUAAUAAACACACAUGAAGGUUAACUAACCAAUAAAAGAAAAAGGAAAAACGAUUUGAAAAUGUGUAGAGUAAUAAAUUGUAACAAUAUUUUAAAUAAAGUUAUAUAUUGGGAACAAAA